UUUUUCUCGUCUUUUUUUUUUCUUUUUUUCUUCUUUACUUUCUUAUCGAACCAACAUACUACUCUUUUUUUCUGGUUAUUAUUAUGAAUUAUCAAGAAGCAUUUGACAAGGUUACUCAAUCGAUGCCUAACCGUCGUGAACUAGAAACGGUUGGCAAAAUGACAGCCAUUGGUCUUGCCACCUAUAUUGUCACCAAGAAACUAUAUGAUGCUUAUGUCGGUCCUCUUAGUGGCGUGCCCUCUACAUUUUAUGCUAAAUUCUUUACUAUAUCAAAAGGAUCUUGGGACAACCCUGCUGGUACCUUAUUUAAAAAAUACUUGGCUUAUACUGACAAAUAUGGUCCUGUAGCCAAGUUGGGACCGUCUACUUUAUUGAUCGCUGAUAAGACUAUGAUCAAACAGGUGUUACAACAAGAUGAUUUGGAAAAAGGGGAAAUGUAUGAUUUGUUUAGAAAAAAUGGAAUUGACACUACUUUCAAUAUUAGGGAUAAAGAUGCACACAAACAUUUACGACGAUUGAUUUCACCUGCAUUCUCUAUCAAAUAUCUCAACUCUUUAGAAACUCAUAUGCAUGAUAUGUUACAAAACCUAUUGGAUAAGAUCUAUAGCAAGGUAGGGGAUCAUCCUGAACAAGGUGCUGUUGUGGAUAUUUGGAAAUUAUGGCAACAUCUUGGUCUUGAUGUUAUUGGAACUACUGCUUUUGGACAAACCUUUGAUAUGAUUAAAAAUGAAUCUCAUCCUGUUCCUGAUAGUAUUGCUUCAGAAAUGCGUUGGUCUAAUUGGAUUAUUGCACAUCCUUAUCUUACCAAGAUUCUCACUUUGGGUCGACCUAUCAAAUCCAGUCCCGUGAUCACCGAUUUCAUGAUGAAAACCAUUGAAGCACGGGUUACAAGUGGUGAACGUCGUCAUGACAUUUUACAAAUUUUAUUAGACACAAAGCAAGCUGAAGAUCCCAAUGACAGAUUUUCUGAUAUCCAUAUCAUCACUGAAACGAUUCUAUUUUUGAUUGCUGGUUCAGAGACAACUUCAAACACUUUGGGAUUUGCUGUGAUUGAACUUCUUCGACAUCCUCAAGCAAUGAAGAAACUGCGUGAUGAAAUCGAUACUUUGGAAUUUGUAAAUCCGGAACGACAUAUCUUUAACCAUGACCAACUCAAGAAUCUACCCUAUUUAAAUGCUGUGAUCAAUGAAACAUUACGAUUGGAUCCAAUGGCAGCUAAUGGUAUUGAACGACGAGCAGAAAAAGAUGUAACUCUUGGUGGAACUCUAUUUGUUCCUAAGGGUACUGGAAUUACAUGCAACGCUUAUCAUGUCCAUUUGAAUGAAAAAUACUGGCCCAAUGCUCGCUCCUUUGAACCUGAACGUUGGUUGCCUAAUGAUACUCCUGGUAGUGUGAAACCCGAUUUGGAUGCCUUUUAUGCUUUCAGUAUUGGAUCUCGCAAUUGUAUUGGCAAGAAUUUCGCUUUGAUGGAAAUGCGUCUGGCUCUUUCUGCCUUGAUCAAGCUGUUUGAUAUCACCGCUAUUCCUGAUGAAAUGGAACAAGCCAAUGAUAUUCGUCAUUUUGUUACUUUGACUGUGGCUCAGAACAAGUUCAAUGUUAUCCUUCGUCCCCGUCGCGUCUGAUCAGUAGAAGUAAUUGUAGUAUAUAUAUAAUAGUGGUAGUUUGUAGUAUAAGUUUAGGUAUCUUGAUCCAAUAUGUUUUUUAUGUUUAAUUUAUAUUUAUCUAAUUUCAUUUGAAAUAAAGAACAUUUUUG